AUGGGGCAGAUGGCUAUUAUGCAGAAUGUCAGACCACAUGGUGCUCUUCCUAGUGAUACUGAGAAGAAUCCAAAUGAGUGCAAGGUAGUCACCUUGAGGAAUGGCAGAGAACUUGAAGAAGUGCCUCCGAGAAAAAAGAACAUAGCAGAAGCAGAACUUAUCCCUACUAAGAGAGUUGAGCUAAAGCAGACAGUCGCAGAGCAACCCGUAGAGGAAGUGGCUCGACCACCCCUUCCCUUUCCACAGCUACUUCAGAAGCAGAAAGUAGCUUCGACUUGCAAGAAAUUUCUUAAACUCUUAAAGCAGGUACACAUCAACAUUCCUUUGGUGGAGCUUUUGCAAGAAGUUUCAAAAUAUGCGAAGUAUAUCAAAGAUGUGGUUGCAAACAAAAGGCGUUGGAUAGAGUUUCAGACCGUUGCACUUACUGAAGAGUGCAGUUCUAGAGUGAGGAGUAAAAUUCCUCCACAGUUGAAAGAUCCGGGUAGCUUCACGAUUUCGAUUACUAUUGGCAACAUUGAAGUUGGGCUAGCAUUGUGUUGA